UUUAGUUGAUGCCUGGGGUGUAAGGACAAAUUCAUGUAGUUCCCUCCCCGUUUCGUCGUUUGAAACGUUUCUGCAACAGAUCUGGCGAUGUCUUCGCUUCUGUUAUUUUAUUAAAACACAGAAGGUGGUCUGAUCUAUUUGAGUUAUGUAAAUCAACAGCUGCUCAUAACGGCAGUCCAGACUCAGGCCAGCGGAGAGGUAGUCUGGAGAGCUUGUACGGGAACAGGGACAACUUGUAUAACUUUUUUUCUGCGUUUCAAAUGAGUGUUAAUUGAUGUCUGAAAGGGAGCAGCUUUAUAAUCUAGUCUACUGAUACGGUGUGAUUGGAUUUACCAACACAGAGAGAUGACUCGUAUUAAAGAAGCGUAAAGAUGCCAUCGUGGAUCAGGCUGGCGGUUCUCCUGUCUGCGCUGACAGUCCACUGCUUUCUGGACGGGACCUGUCCACGGAGAGACCCCCCUCCCAGGGUGCUGGUGGUGUCCCCAGGCAGCGUUCUGGUCUUGGCCUGUAGUGGUCAGGUGGAGGUGAACGGGCUGGAGGUGAUGGUUAACAGGGCCAAACACACCAGCACCACCGCUGGAAAUGGAAAAUACACCAGUGUCAUUACCGGAGUACACCCCACCACUGUCAGCACCACAACAGACACCACAUCUAACAGAACCACUGUCAGCACCACAACAGACACCACAUCUAACGGAACCACUGUCAGCACCACAACAGACACCACAUCUAACAGAACCACUGUCAGCACCACAACAGACACCACAUCUAACGGAGCCACUGUCAACACCACAACAGACACCACAUCUAACGGAACCAUUGUCGGCACCACAACAGACACCACAUCUAACAGAACCACUGUCAGCACCACAACAGACACCACAUCUAACGGAGCCACUGUCAACACCACAACAGACACCACAUCUAACGGAACCACUGUCAGCACCACAUCUAACGGAGCCACUGUCAACACCACAACAGACACCACAUCUAACGGAACCACUGUCGGCACCACAACAGACACCACAUCUAACGGAACCACUGUCAGCACCACAACAGACAUCACAUCUAACGGAACCACUGUCGGCACCACAACAGACACCACAUCUAACGGAACCACUGUCAGCACCACAACAGACACCACAUCUAACAGAACCACUGUCAGCACCACAACAGACACCACAUCUAACGGAGCCACUGUCAACACCACAACAAACACCACAUCUAACGGAGCCACUGUCAACACCACAUCUAACGGAACCACUGUCAGCACCACAACAAACACCACAUCUAACAGAGCCACUGUCAGCACCACAACAUACACCACAUCUAACGGAACCACUGUCAGCACCACAUCUAACGGAACCACUGUCAGCACCACAACAGACACCACAUCUAACGGAACCACUGUCAGCACCACAACAGACACCACAUCUAACGGAACCACUGUCAGCACCACAACAGACACCACAUCUAACGGAACCACUGUCAGCACCACAACAGACACCACAUCUAACGGAACCACUGUCAGUGAUAUAAAAGACGACAGUGAUAAUGGAACUACAGUCAGUGCUAUAAAAGAUGACAGUGAUAAUGGAACGACAGUCAGUGCUAUAAAAGACGACAGUGAUAAUGGAACGACAGUCAGUGCUAUAAAAGACGACAGUGAUAAUGGAACGACAGUCAGUGCUAUAAAAGACGACAGUGAUAAUGGAACUACAGUCAGUGCUAUAAAAGACGACAGUGAUAAUGGAAUAGACACAUUUUCUACUGGAAAGGACACUAUUGUCCUUACCCUAACAGACACUCCUGUCAUAAGCUGGACAGAUGAUACCGGGACAGACAGUAAGAAGAAACCCGUCAUCAGGAACACUGGUGCAGGAAACCACACUCUUACUGUGAGAGAAGUUAACAAAGGGAAUGUGGAAGAUGUAACAGAGGAGGAGCACAAAGGAGGAGGAGAGCAGAGGGAUACAGGGCGGAGUCUUUACACUGUCAAUCAACCAGGACAUACAGAUACACAGGAACUAUUUCCUAUUACUGGGACAUCGCUCCAACCAACCAGAGACAGCGGAGUGGGAGGGGCUGACACUGAGCUGCCCUCUAAUCGGUGGACUGAUGCGAUGGACAAUGAGGAUGACUAUGAGGAAGAGGAGGAGGGAGGGAGGAUGGUGAGGGGGCUGAGAGGAAGGUCUCAGUGGAGACUGAACGGGAGGCCGCUGAGAAGAGGAGAGGAAAGAGGAGGAGUAGUGGUGUUAGGGAGGAGAGGCGCCACUCUGACCCUGCCCUCCCUGGCGGUGGGUGACUCUGGGAACUACAGCUGCCACCGCGGAGGCAAACUGGUCUCCUCUCUGAGGGUGAGCGUGGCAGUUCCCCCAGAGAGGCCUAAGCUGUCCUGCUAUAAGAGGUCACCCAGCAGUAAGAUCCGCUGUGAUUGGACAGCCAGUCAACCGGUGACUCCUGUCCCUCAGUGCUACCUCCUCCUACAGAAAGGUCUAUCAGGGUCAUUCUCUCGUGUCAACUGUUCCUACUCCGUCCUGCUGUCUCGGUGUUGGUGUGCUAUAGGUCAUCAAGAGAAGGAGAGUAGAGAGCCACACCUGGCUUACCUGUGUGUCACCAACACUGCUGGCAACACCACCAGCCCUCUCCUAGACUUCACACCUCUGGACAUUAUUAAUCCAGACCCCCCCAGCUCAGUGGUGGUGAGGGGUGUGGAGGGGCAGGAGAGGAGACUGAGGGUGGGCUGGGCUGUUCCUCACUCCUGGAAAGAGAGAGACCGCUAUCACGAGCUGCUUUAUGAGCUCAGAUACCACACCAUGCCACACGGAACACAGAUAAAAGGGACCACCACAGCCCGGUUCUACACUAUAACAGAUGCGUUGCCAGGAGUACAGUACCUGAUCCAACUCAGAGCUAAGGAAGAGUUUGAUGGCCACUGGAGUGAAUGGAGCACGGCUGUCUACGCCAACACCUGGACAGCCCCUGUGCCAACUGCGUUCAGCGAUCUUUCUACUGUUAUGCAGGACUACACAGACGACACAGAUUCUGGCUCUGGAAUGACAGAAGAGACAUCAGUCUCUGAGUCUCGGGGUGAUGUAGAGGUGUGGCCUCAUGUCCUGUGGGUGGUUGCUUCCUGUGUGCUGCUGUCCAUCACUCUGUUGUCCACCUACCUCUACAGACACAGGGAGAGGUUCAUGUCUAAACUGUGGAGGUUGAGUCCCGUCUCCUCCUCUCCUGCUUGCCCCUCCCCCCCAGUCACAGCCCUGCCUACCCAGGAAGGACAUGCCCUCGUGAACUUUGACCACCCAAUCUACGGGGAACCUGUCCCACAGGAAGAAGAGUGGAAGGAGGAGGAUGAAGAGGAGGAGGAAGAGGAGAAGGGGAAAGUUAUUCGCUUUAACAACACAAGCUAUUUUCUGGUCCAGAGCAAAUGAUAUGCCUGCUGUUAAAACAAACCCCUUACCCUCUAUCCCAGGCCCUUACCGCUAGCCCCCUGUUCCCCUAGUCCAGGCUGGAGAAGCCCUGUUAUUUCACUGUUUGGAUGUGUGCAGUAUUUUGUUCUCAUUGGGGAAAAUGAGUCAGUAGAGUAAUGAUGUAAAUAUUAAUUUGUGCGUCUAUAAAAAAGUAUUGGGUUUUUGUAAAUAAUUUUGUCAGAAUGAAAUAAAUAGUUUUGAAUACAAA